AUGUCUACACAAGGAACAGCAGAAGGUCCAAUCAACACACAAUCGUCGGAGAGUAACGACUCCUCGUCGAGCACUCAUACGGCUAACUCAAACAUAAAGCACGAGGGUGGAGAACCGAAACCUUUUGAUGGACAAGAUUUGGAAAGAUCAGGAGCAGGAGAGCUUACUGACGGUGAUGAAGAUUCUAAUUUAAUUGCAUCUAGAACAGUGAGUAGGAAACUUACGUGCUCUGAGGAGCUACUUGAAAAAGCCAGCAGGUCAGAUAAGCCAAUUCCGUCUAUGGGUAAAGGUCGUGAUUACCCCCCUCCUCCACCAGCCGAAAAAGAUGAUUACUUAGUCAUAUUCGAUGGACCAGAUGACCCUAUGUUUCCUCCGAAUUGGUCCAUGAAGAAAAAGGUUGUCAAUUGCUUUGUAGUGAUCGUAACUGCUUUGGCAGUUUCUUUGGGUUCGGCGAUGUUUUCUCAAAGCAGUGCGCAUGUUGAAGAAAUUUUUCAUGUUGGGUGGACAGUUGCAACUCUAGGGACAUCUUUGUUCGUCUUCGGCUUUGCAUCGGGACCAAUUAUAUGGGGUCCUCUUUCAGAACUUUUUGGCAGAAGAAUCGUACUUUUCUGUUCUAUGUUUGGUUAUGUAUGUUUCUGUUUUGCAGUAGCUACAGCCAAAGAUAUUCAGACCAUAAUGAUUUGCAGAUUUUUUUCAGGAUUCGUUGGUGCCUCUCCCCUCGUGGUGUGUCCUGCUGUAACAGCGGAUCUUUUCAGAGCUGCUAGUAGAGGCAAAGCAAUGGCAGGCUUUGGUGCCGUCUUGUUUGGUGGGCCAAUGCUUGCACCAAUUUUUGGUGGAUUUACCGUAAAAAACCCGCAUUUAGGUUGGAGAUGGACUUCUUACUUCACUGCAUUGGUUGGAGUGGUAGCUCUUAUUUUAGUUACUUUCUUGCUUGAUGAAACUCAUCACCCAUUAAUUUUAGUGCGCAGAGCAGAAGAAAUCAGAAGAAGAACAGGGAACAGAGCCAUCCAUGCCGCUCACGAAGAAAUAUCGUUGAGUUUUAAAGAGAUUGUUGAAAAUAACAUUAGCAGACCGUUAAAGAUGUUAUUUGUGGAGCCAAUUUUGUUUUUGAUUACAUUAUACAAUGCUUUUGUUUAUGGAUUGUUAUACUUGUUUUUGACAGCUGUCCCACUUGUAUUUGGGGUAAACUAUCGCUUCAGUCAAGGUGUCGCGGAAUUGCCUUAUAUAUCAAUGUUUAUUGGAGUCUGGAUUGGUGGCAUUAUAAUUAUCUUAUUCGAGAAUAGAUACUAUAAAAUUAUGAUGAGAGAUGGAAAAAUAAGACCUGAAGAGAGAUUACCGGGCAUGAUGGUUGGCUCCUUUUUGUUUUCGAUUGGUUUGUUCUGGUUGGGAUGGACUGGAGAUUACCCCGAACAUAUACAUUGGAUUGUUCCAACCAUUGGGUCUUCUUUCAUUGGUGCAGGUUUGAUUUUAAUUUUCUUACCUUGUAUCACCUACAUUAUUGAUGUUUACUUGUAUGUUGCAGCUUCUGCUUUAGCCGGAAAUGCGUUUUUGAGAUCUGCUUUUGGCGCUGCGUUCCCAUUAUUUGCACGUCAAAUGUUCGUUAAUAUGCACAUAAAAUGGGCUUCGACUUUAAUGGGCUGUGUAUCAGUUGUUUUAAUUCCGGUACCAUUUUUAUUCUACAAAUAUGGUGCAAAGAUCAGAGAGAAAUCCAAGUAUGCCUACAACAUGGGCCUUUAA